AUGGCACUAAGGCCUGUGAAGAACAGAGAGGGCACUGCCAUGGAUGCAGUCUGCACAUACAGCACCAAUGCCACCACCCCUGAAUUUGACCGAAUCAAGGUUUAUCGUGAGCUCAGCAAGAUGACAGCCAGCUGCACUGAGCUAGGACCCUACAGGCUGGAUGCAGAAAGUUUUUAUGUUAGUGGUUACAAUGAACUGCAGCCUAAACUAUAUCUGAUGAUGCCAAAUUCUAAAAAAUUCAAGUCAACAGAAAAAGUCAUGUACCAUUACGUUGACGCUUUACUCCAGAAAAGCAGCAUCGGCCCUGCUUAUAUUGGCUGCAAAGUUAGGGCAUUCAGGUCAAAGAAGGACAGGGGUGACACGGGAGUAGAUGCCAUCUGCAGCUACAGAGAUGAGCCUUCAGGUCCCCGGUUCAACAGAGUGGUAGUUUACCAAGAGCUGAGCAAUAUGACGAGUGGUAUCACCAAGCUGGGACACUACAGCCUUGACAGCCAGAGCCUCUACAUUAAUGAUUACAAUGAACCGCAUGGUCCGUCAUUGGCGAAGCCAACCACCACACAAAGCCCGGGACCGGUAAAAGAGCAAUUCACACUGAACUUCACAAUCACCAACCUCAGAUUCACAACAGACCUAGGGACGCCAAAUUCUGCUAAAUUCAAUUCUACCGAGAAAAUAAUGCAACAUUAUAUUGCCAGCCUGCUUCGGAAGAGCAGCAUUGGCCCCUAUUUCACUGGCUGCAAAGUAAUAGGAUUCAGGUCAGUGAAGAACAGGGAUAACACAGGAGUAGACACCAUCUGCAGCUAUGGAAAUGGCUCCCAAGUGCCCAAGUUUGACCAAGCUAAGGUUUACCAAGAACUAAGGAGCAUGACAAACAGCAUCACCAAAUUAGGAAUCUAUAACCUGGACAGCAAGAGCCUCUAUAUUAAUGGUUACAACAAACCACUUGAGAGAUCACCCCUGAGCAUAACUACUGCGCCAAGCCCAACAUUCAGGCACUUCACACUUAAUUUCACCUUGACCAACCUCCAGCACACUGCAGAUCUGGAGGCACCAAGUUCCCAGAAAUUCAUUUCCACAGCGAAAGUUAUCAACUAUUAUAUUGACCCUCUUUUCAAAAGAAGCAGCAUAAGCUCUGCCUACACAGGAUGUAAAGUGAUGAGAUUCAGGUCUGGGAGAGACAGAGAUGACACAGGCGUAGAUGCCGUCUGCAGCUACAAAAACGACGUCAGCCUUGCCAGGUUUGACAGAGAAAAGGUUUAUUAUGAGCUGAGCAUCAUGACAGAGGGUGUCACCAAACUAGGGCACUACAGCUUAGAGAAGAACAGCCUGUGUGUCGACGGUUUCCCCCUCACAGACUCAGCUAUCAACAGAAAGCCUGUCUUGACUGAAGCUUCAACCAAAUUGGGCUACAGAUUGAGCUUUAAAAUAAUCAAUGAAAAUCUAACUAACCCAGACCCUCAGUCUCCAGAAUACAAAGCAGCAGUGGAAAGCAUCAGUAACAAGAUGAAUCAACUGUACCUUCAGAGCAACCUGCGAGACCAGUUCCUGAACUGCAGCGUCACAAGGCUGAGGGCUGGCUCCAUAGUGGUUGACUGCAAGUGCUUCUUCCAGCCAGAGCCCAGCAUCAACCAGGCUGCGGUUGAACGGGCCUUUCAGGAUGGGACUUCAAAUGCAACCGGACUGUGGCUGGGAAGCAGUUACCAGCUGCAGGGAUUCUCCGUCGACAGCUUGGAACUAGCAGUUGAGGCAGCAACUUACCAAACACCCCUCAAGUCUGGGCAAGAAAACUUCAGAUUAAAUUUCAGAAUCUCCAACCUCCCCUACUCCCCAGAACUGCAGGACCCCAGGUCACAGAUGUACCAAGUGAACAAAGAGAAAAUUGAGAAAGAGCUUGAUGUAUUCAGAACUAGCAGCCUGAAGGACUACUUUGCUGGCUGUACUCUUGAGAGCUUUGGGCCUGUCCGUGGGAAAGCUUAUACAAAUGUUGCCUCCAUCUGCAAAUUCACACUGGACCCCUCCUCACGGACUUUACAAAAGCAAGAGGUGUAUGAGGAGCUGAAGCGCCUGACGCACGGGUUCACCAAGCUGGGCCCCAGCUAUGAGCUGGAAGAGCAGAGUCUGGUUGUUGAAGGUUACUCUCCACUCAAGCCAGAUGAACAGGAGUCUGAAAGAUCUGAGCUUCAGUUCUGGGCUAUCAUCCUCAUCUGUGUUUUUACCCUGCUUGGCUUCAUUCUCCUCCUCUUGUUAUGCUUCCUGAUUGUCCUUCGCCUAAGAAGAAAGUCACAUCUAUACCAGGUUCAACAAGGCCUGUACGGGAUGUACUUCCCACAUCUGAACACAAGAAAAGUGCAUUAACGUAACAGAUGAAGUCUGUCUUCACAGACCUCUUUGUCCAUUGAUGAAGGAAAAAAUAUUUAUGACCACUAGAAAAAUGUUUCUUUAAUAAAUUAUGUUU